UGCCACGUAUUUUACUUUCAUAUUCAGUACACCGUUCUCGCAGAUAGUCACAGAUUUCUGAUUUUACUCAUUCUGCCGUUUUGCUGCCAAAGACUUUACAAAAUGUCUGGAGAAGACAAUUCCACAGACUAUGAUACUAUCAUUGCAGAAAUUGAAAGCAGGGAGAAUGCAACCAAGCAGUACCAACAUGUGAUCAGGAUGAUUUACUUGAUUACAUAUUCUGUUGUCUUGAUCCUCGGUGUCACCCUCAACUUCAUCGUCAUUAUCAUCAGCUGCCUGAAAAACAAGAAAUCGCCAACGGUUUCCACUUGGAUUACGGCUUUGGCUGUAACACACUUAGUCUCCAGUGCAUUUAUUGUUUAUCAGCUCCUGUAUGCUUACAAUAAAUUUGUAUGGAAUUAUGGAAAUGCAAGUUGCAAGCUGUCAUCCUAUAUCACCUAUGGCAGUAUGUUCUCCACAGCAGCCAUGCUGAGUCUCUGGAGCAUUAGUUCUGCUUUUUUAAAAAUUGACUGCAUGAAUCUUUGCAAGAACUGUAACAUCAUUCUGAUUUCAUUAUCCUGGGCUAUUGCAGCAAUCUUGGCAUGUCCUUCACUGUAUUCCAGAGAGGUCCGAUCUUCUCAGUGCAUUGAUGAUUAUGACUUGGACGAAUUGAAAACUACUCAAGAGGGCAUUGCCAGGCUGAAGGCAGUCGUUAUCAUGAGAUUUCUCAUCGGGCUUCUUGCGCCAGCUUUGGUAAUGUUUCUCAGCUGUUUGAUGUCAGCUCAUAGAAAAUGUAAAGACUGCAAGGAGCAGGCACAGAUCAUCUGUGCUAUAAAGAUUGCCUUUUUUGUGUUCUGGGGGCCUCAGAUCUUCUUAACCAUGCUUCAAGCCACUGUUACCAACAGCCUGGAUCCAAGUUUGUUGAAAUAUGGACUUCCAGUAGCUACUGCACUAGCCACAGCCCACUCUUUAAUCAGCCCGGUCAUCUAUUUGUUUUUGGGAUGCAGUAUUAAAAUGAAGUGGAUGGAACAUGACUCAGGUCAGUGCGAAAUGAUGCUUGAUCGAGGGAUACCACUGUUGCCUUGCACCAAUAAGGUCCCCAGAUCAAGCCCCAAAUAAGCCAGGAGGACUGUCUGUGUGGAGUUUCUCAGAGGUGAAUUGGAGACACAAACUUUUCUGUGUAGUGAAUGAGAAAGAGUGUUCACCUGUGAUGGAAUCUAGCAGUGUUUUCUCCACCCUUGGACCAACAUCCCUGUGACCCUACUGAGGAUAAGCAGUUUGAAGAAUGGAUGGCUGACCCAGAUCACAACAAUGAACUGAUGUGCUUAGAAAAUGCUGCCCAUGAAUUGUACACAGGUAUUAAAGAUCGAUGUAGCAAUUCUAAAAUACAUCAGCAAGGACUGUUAAAUAUACACCAUGUCCACAAAAUGCAUGCCAGCAUUUUCUCUACUCAAACUGACAAGUGGAACAUUUCUUUUAACUCCUAAUCCAAACUCUGAAAACAUAAAAAAAGAAGGGCCCUGUAUGGUCCAAAUUAAUGCUCGCUUUCAAGUAAAAUUCAGAUUUUGUUGAUACACUGCAUCGCAUGUAGGGCAUGCUACAGAAACACUAAACCACUAACUACUGUAUUAUGAAUAUCAACCUUAUAGAGGAACAUUUGACGCUGUUUUUUAUUGAUGGUGUGUCACAUUAUUGUUGCUGUUUUGUCAUAAUACUGUAAUGUUUAGUUUAUUAUAGAUGUAAGAAUGUGUAAGUAUUUGACUGUAG